UCCGGCUCUCGCUCCCGCUCCCGCUCCCGGCCCUGCCGGCCUCCCGGCCCCGGGCGCCGCGGCCAUGGCGGCCAGCGCCAAGCGGAAGCAGGAGGAGAAGCACCUGAAGAUGCUGCGGGACAUGACCGGCCUCCCGCACAACCGAAAGUGCUUCGACUGCGACCAGCGCGGCCCCACCUACGUGAACAUGACGGUCGGCUCGUUCGUGUGCACGUCCUGCUCGGGCAGCCUGAGAGGGUUAAAUCCACCACACAGGGUGAAAUCUAUCUCCAUGACAACAUUCACACAACAGGAAAUUGAAUUCCUGCAAAAACAUGGAAAUGAAGUCUGUAAACAGAUUUGGCUAGGAUUAUUUGAUGAUAGAUCUUCAGCAAUUCCAGACUUCAGGGAUCCACAAAAAGUGAAAGAGUUCCUACAAGAAAAGUAUGAAAAGAAAAGAUGGUAUGUCCCUCCAGAACAAGCCAAAGUGGUGGCAUCAGUUCAUGCAUCUAUUUCAGGGUCCUCUGCCAGUAGCACAAGCAGCACACCUGAGGUCAAACCACUGAAGUCUCUCUUAGGAGAUUCAGCACCAGCUCUGCACUUAAAUAAGGGCACACCUAGUCAGUCCCCGGUUGUAGGUCGCUCUCAAGCGCAGCAGCAGGAAAAGAAGCAGUUUGACCUUUUAAGUGAUCUUGGCUCAGACAUCUUUGCUGCUCCAGCACCUCAGUCAACAGCUACAGCCAAUUUUGCUAACUUUGCACAUUUCAACAGUCAUGCAGCUCAGAAUUCUGCAAAUGCAGAUUUUGCAAACUUUGAUGCAUUUGGACAGUCUAGUGCUUCGAGUAAUUUUGGAGGUUUCCCCACAGCGAGUCACUCUCCUUUUCAGCCCCAAACUACAGCAUUUAGAAUGCUUUCAUCUAGCUGCAGUUUUGGUGAAUUUACUUCCGCUUUUCCUCUCCAGGCUUCCAACAGUGGAAGUGCUGGAUCAGUAAAUGCUAAUUUUGCUCAUUUUGAUAACUUCCCCAAAUCCUCCAGUGCUGAUUUUGGAACCUUCAAUACUUCCCAGAGUCAUCAAACAGCAUCAGCUGUUAGUAAAGUUUCAACGAACAAAGCUAGUCUACAGUCUACAGACAAAUACGCAGCACUUGCUAAUUUAGACAAUAUCUUCAGUGCUGGGCAAGGCGGUGAUCAAGGGAGUGGCUUUGGGGCCACAGGUAAAGCUCCUGUUGGUUCUGUGGUUUCAGUUCCCGGGCAGUCGAGUACAUCCUCAGACAAAUACGCAGCUUUGGCAGAACUAGACAGCGUUUUCAGCUCUGCAGCCACUUCCAGUAACGCAUAUACUUCCACAAGUAAUGCUAGCAGCAAUGUUUUUGGAACAGUGCCAGUGGGUGCUUCUGCACAGACACAGCCUGCGUCUUCAAGUGUGCCUGCUCCAUUUGGAGCUACGCCUUCCACAAAUCCAUUUGUUGCUGCUGCUGGUCCUUCUGUGGCAUCUUCUACAAAUCCAUUUCAGACCAAUGCCAGAGGAGCGACAGGCCUUUCUGGAGCAAUGCAUUCUCAAGUGUUUCCUCACGCUCAUUUUGCUGCAACCUUUGGCACCGCCUCCAUGAGCAUGCCCGCGGGCUUCGGGACUCCUGCUCCCUAUAGUCUUCCCACCAGCUUCAGUGGCAGCUUCCAGCAGCCUGCCUUCCCAGCCCAAGCAACUUUCCCUCAACAGACAGCUUUUUCUCAACAGCCCAAUGGUGCAAGUUUUGCAGCAUUUGGGCAAACAAAGCCAGUGGUGACCCCUUUUGGUCAAGUUGCAGCUGCUGGAGUAUCUAGUAAUCCUUUUAUGACCGGUGCACCAACAGGACAAUUUCCAACAGGAAGCUCAUCAACCAAUCCUUUCUUAUAGCCUUAUAUAGACACUUUACUGGAACGAACUUUGACGUGGUCACGUUACAUCUCUCCGCCUCUUGCACUGUUGUCUUGUUUCACUGAUCUUAGCUUUAAACACAAGAGAAGUCUUUAAAAAGCCUGCAUUGUGUAUUAAACACCAGGUAAUAUGUGCAAAACAGAGGGCUCCAGUAACAACUUUUAACCUGUGAAUUGGCAGUAAAAGGUAGCGGUAUCAUGUAUAUUAAAAAUUGGCUAAUAUUAAGUUAUUGCAGAUACCACAUUCAUUAUGCUGCAGUACUGUACAUAUUUUUCUUAGAAAUUAGCUAUUUGUGCAUAUCAGUAUUUGUAACUUUAACACACUGUUAUGUGAGAAAUGUUACUGGGGAAAUAGAUCAGCCACUUUUAAGGUGCUGUCAUAUAUCUUGGAAUGAAUGACCUAAAAUCAUUUUAACCAUUGCUACUGGAAAGUUACAAAGUCAAAAUUGGAAGGUUUUAUUCAUUCUUGAAUUUUUCCUUUCUAAAGAGCUCUUCUAUUUAUACAUACCUAAAUUCUUUAAAAAUGUAGAGGGAUACCUGUCUGCAUAAUACAGCUGAUCAUGUUUUGCUACAGUUUGCAGGUGAAAAAAAUAAAUAUUAGAAAAUAUGCUAUUGUUUUUGUGUUCUUGCUGCAAUGCCUUUACCAAAGUGGCCUUAAAAUACGAGUAGUGAAUUGAGAACAUCUUGAAUUCUUAAAUUAGAAUUUCAGAAGACUUCUAGUGACUUUUAUGUCUAAAAGAGAAAAUUUUAUAAAAAGGCCAUGUAGAAAAUUUAUUAAAACUACCAUGACUGCUAUAUUCAGGAAUAUGUCAGUGGUAAAGCAUUUAAAUGUAGCUUGUCAGAGUCACCAUAAUCCUUCUAAUUUCUUUGCAACUUCUUAAUUUUGUGAAAAUUUGUAUAUAUGAGAAUUUGCAUGUAUGUGUAUUUACAAAUUUUUUUAAAUAUCUUGAACUCUCAGACUGCAGAAGUCCUAUUUUAACUAUUGAUUUUUAAACAAAAAUAUUGUCUUUGAAUGUAUUGGAAGCAGACAUGCAUUAACUGUGACAUGAUUGCACCUCAGUUUUUUUUUUUUUUCCUUUGUUUGGACAAACAUUAUUGAAAUAGGACUUUUAUUUAUGUUCAUUUCUGGGGGGAAACAAACUGGAACCCAGUGUUACCUUAAAGUUAUAGAAUACUUUGUUUAAAAAGACAGUGAUACUAAUGUUUAGUUAUAUCUUUUUGUUAAUAGUCAGAUGAACUUGUUUAAGUAUUUAUGUACAGUAAUGCCUCAUUCAUCAAGACGUGAUCUAGCAGUCUCCUUAAAACAGAACACAAGUGAGAAACUUGGAAUAGUUUUUAAAUGUCUUUAAGCAGCCCACAUAAGUCACAAAGUCUCUGUAUGUUUGUUUUUAUGUGAAAUUUUGAUUAUUUGAUUUGCCAGCCCUAGCAGUUCAGAUGUGAUGGUUUGGAAGGAGAUAGAAAAAGCAUGAAAAACCAUCGACCAUUUAGUAUAAGGACAGCCAGGCCAGCCUAGAAGACAUCAGUAUUACAUCAUGUUCUGAUAAUAGUCUGGUACUAUGACUCUGUGUCAUCAAGAAAAGGUAAAAUUACAUAUACAAAUAUGUAAUACAUGUUUGAAAAGUUUUAUCUUUACAAUGAUUAAACAUUUUUUUAAAAGCUUUGUUAUUAAAAAAAAAUGAACAUCAGUUUCUUCAAACAUUUUGUGUUGAAUACCUUUUCCAGUGGUGACUACAUGAGUUGUUACACAAUCUUAAAGUCUGUGUAGCUUCCCAGACUUGUUAAAGCAUUGCUGUCCAUUGCAUCUCCAGCUCAGUGUGUGGUUUAUUUUAACUAUUUUGAUGAGCAAGAAGACAGGGAAAUCUCUGCCCCUUUUUGGACAUUAUGCUUCUUCUCUUAAAAUUGAAUGAAUGCUACAAAAGUUUAGGGGUGUGUGUGUAUACUUGAAGUACAGUUUGGGGGUCUCCCUCUUGCCCCUUUUUCACGGAGGGAAUACUUAAGAGAUGUCUUUGAAUUUCUGUGUUUUAGAUUAUAUUGGGUCCCAAUCAAUUCAUGUGUACAAAGUUAUGCUAUAUAACUGUAGGCCAUUACCCAAAUAACGUACCAGGCUUUCUUUCCAUCUAAGAAAUAAGUAAAUUAAACAGCUGUUAUUAAAAUAAUUUUAAAGACUAUUUUUUUUCUGGGUAAAUCUUGAAGUUUAUAAUUAAAUAAGAACUCUUACUGAUUUAAAUGAGUGUUUAUAAAAUUGAAAAAGUGAUCCAGCUUUAAUGUGGAUUUAAAUCCACUUCUGUUAGACUUUUAUAUUCAGAUUUGCUUUUGGUUCUGUAUAGACCCAUCAGAAGUGUGUUGAGUACCUAACAGGAGGAAAUCCUUAAAAGUGAUAGGGCUUGAAGACCUUCAAGUUUUCUUGCUUACUGGUUGAAUGGGAUCUUCUCUCCUGUCUUUGCUCUCGAAAGAAAUUUCUUUUAGAGUGGCAAACAUCGUUGAUACAGUUUAAAGGCAUAUUUUAUUCUCAUUUUUGUGACAGUAGAGAUUAGGCAAUCACCUUCUUCCUUAAAAUAAUUCCUUGUAUAAAUUUGAAGAAGCGCCUCAGUGCUUUGCCCUAGCUCCCAGCACACACCUUCUUUGGUACAGUUCCUGGAAGUUGGGGAAAUGGAGAGAAGAAUAACUGGCUGCUUUUGUAUGACAGCACUAACAGUUCUCAAACAUUUUGGUCUCAGGACCAUAGCUUUUAAAUUAUUGAAGAUGCCCAAAGAGCUUUUGUUUAUGUAGCUUGUAUCUCUCAGUAAUAACUGUAUUAGAAAUUAAUACUGAGAUACUUAAAAAACGUGUUCAUUCAUUUAAAUAUAACAGUAAUAAACCCAUUGCAUGUUAACGUAAAUGCAAUUUUUUAAUAAAAACUAGUUGUCUUCCAAAAACAACUAAUUAAGAAGAAAAUUGUUUUAUGUUUUGCACAUCCCUGUAGCACCGGCUUGAGAAGCAGGGAGACUCUCCUGCUGCUUGGGCAUUGCAGUUAUUUUCUAUUACAUGUCAUGUGGGCACUGGGAAACUCUACUGCGUACUUGUGAACACAUGAGGGAGACCGACCAUUGACAUCUUAGUAGUAUUAUGAAAAUAGUUUUGACACUUGGCUUUUGGAGACUCUCUGAGGUCCUCUGACCACACUUUGAAAACCACUGCACUACACUUCAAAUUUCUAUUUUCCAAAAUAAUAGUGUGUGGUUAGGGUAAACCUGCUGCUCCUUGAACUUCCAAGUAGUUUCUUUUGCUUGGUGGGAAAAAUGGAAAGUUGAGUUGAAACUGCAGACAUUUUUAAUACUGUUUUUGGGCUCUUCUAUUUUUAUUUGAAAUUAUUUUAAUAAUGAUGACAUUAGUGAAUAGUCCUUCAAGGGUAUCAGGACCUGAUGCAUGGUUAUUGAUGUUUAUUUUGGAAUUGUUUACUAUUCCAACCACUUUGAAAUUGUGUCAUUGUUUAAUAGCUAUCAAAUAGCUAUUUUAAAAGUGAAAAAAAUAUUUUGCAGAAGAAAAGUUCAAAAUGAAUAGUUUCUUAUCUGCUGUUUAUAGUUAAUAAUUUUAGCUGUAGUUGAAUCUUUUAAAUGAAAAAUGGAUUCUUCUAACAAAAAUCCCUACCCUUCAGAAAAUCUGCUAUUACAAUUAAAGGAAUGUGUUUACUUCUUGAGAAAGAGGUUUGCUGUGGUUUUCCCACCAGUGUCUUUUUAUACAGUGUUCAUUUUUAAGGAGAAACUGUUGCUUCUCAUUUAAACAAAAUGUUUCAAAAUUCUUUGGAAGUGACUUUAAAAGAUAGUUUACAAUAGUUACCACAAACUGGCUUCUUUGCCCCUCUUAUUGGCAUACUGUAAAAUAUGCUUUUUUGAGGUAAUACUGUUCCAUCCCCAGGCAGACCUUCUGCCUUGCUUCUUGGGCCUUUGUCCAUCUGUUUGUGCUCCUUCACUGAACUUGUGUUCAGAGAGACUCCUCUCAUCUUUGGCCUCCACCGGCAGUCUCAGACUUCUAUCAGAAAAUUAAUCUCUAGGAGACCAUUGUGAAGAUAUGUUUUUUAAAAAGUAAUGACUUCAGAGUAAUGUGGUGGUAUUAUGGGGUAUAGUUGAUUAAGCCCUUUAAAUGUAUGAGAUGCUUGCUAAGUGCUUUUCAUGUAUAAUACAGUCCUUAAAGUAGAUGCAUACUUGAAGGAUGAAAGAAGGUGAGGAGGCAUAGGGAGGUUAAGCUAAUGACAGCUUUUGCUCUGGGGAGCACAUAUUUCACUGUUGGAUUGAACAGCUGUCACAUUUAUGUGUAAGUAGCCUUUUUGAAAAGUCUUAAAAAUUCUCCUGUCCCUAAUAAAACUUAGUUAUUUGAGUUCCAUUCAUAAUUUGAUGAAAUCAGUACAGUUUAUUCACUAGGCUUUUAUUUAAACUUUACAAAUUAAUUAAUGGGGUAAUUAGGGGAGCUUGUUUUAAACUAAAGCGGCAUCUGAAGUAUCAUAAUGAUUCCUGUUUUGUGAAACAUUCCAACUUUGAUUGAUACCGUUUAUGCCCUAGGCAGUUUUAAAGGUUACUUUCCAAAGGAGGCCAUUAUUAAAAUUUGUGUUAAAUUAGCCUAUUGUAUGGAAUUUGUCCUCAUUAGUUAAAUUUUUCUUUGUAUAUUUUUAAACAUUAUAAUAUCAUUAAAAUUUUGCAUUGUAUAUUUGGAUAAGUGAAUAUAUGACCAAGAUGUAAUUCUUAAUGUUGUGCUAAUGAGACUCUUUUUCUCUCAUGAAAAAGUGCCCUGCUUUGUACUAUUAACUGAUAUUUGUUGUAUAAAGACUCUCACUAAGGCUGAUGUCACCUAUCAAUCUGAUGUCAUUUAACUUGGAGUUAGAAAGAGAUGUGCACCUGGCUCCCAAGCCUUUGCAUGCCAGCUCCAGCGCAGUGCUCAAAAUUCCACAACUUGUUCAUUAAAUUUAUUGGUGAUUGUAUCCAAUAUUUGAAGAGCUUUUUGUUUUAUAUUAAUUCUGCAAGUAUUUGGACACUAAAUCACUUUUAGAAGUGGACAGAGCACUGAGGUGAGAAAGACUCAAGGAUUGUAAACCCUGCUAUUAAAAAGUCCAGUUAUUGUGCUAAUGGUAGGGCUUGCAACACACUACCAUGACAGAUACUUUGAAUUCUGUCUGUAGUUUUGUUUUGUUUGACCAGCACAGUGUUUUAAAAACUUGGAUUUUGAAUAGCGUUAAAGCAUGCACUCUUAAGGUGGCCACUAAUCUACCAAUCCCAAUUUUCUUAACCUCAAACAUUCAGAUGUUUGUUUAAGAUCUUCCAAUUGGCAAAUCCCGUGUCUAGGUAAGAGGGCUCUUAUGCCACCUCAUUGUUCUGAUUUUGGAAUCCUGUAGGAUUUGAAUUUAUGGUAUUACUUUUAAAUGAAGACUUUUGCUAAGAACGUGUUCCUUUUCAAACUUGUAGCAUCUAUGUAUUCUGCCGAUUUUAUGGCCUUAGAUUAGAAUUCAACAUGUGUUUAAAUGUAUUUUUGAAAUCUGCUUGUCCAACUCAAAGGACUGUGGAGUAAUGAAAAGAGAAAUGUUGUGACUCAGGCUCUUGUAAAAAGGAGAAGUGAUCUUGGAUAAGAUAUUUUAAUUAGUGAUUAAAAUGUUCAUUGGUUAAUUUUGUCGUUGGUUCUCUGGAAUCUUCAUUAGGUGUCAUCCAAGCUACAGUUUAAUCAAUGAGAGUUAAGAUUUAAACUCAACUCUAAAUUUUCCCAUAAUCUUGAGUGGAGAGAGAGAGAGGAAGCACACACCCAAGGAGCCUUCUAAUUUUGACUCAUUGACCAUUAAAUAAAAGGAAGCAAAGGAUUGUAAACUGAUGUUAUACAGUCAGUGUUUCAUAGAAUGCUGUGGGUACAAUCAGGUUUUUUAAAGACUUUAACUUUUUAUAUAUGUUAUAAAAUAAUACGUACUUACGAUUUUUAAAAAUUAUGCAAUAUAUAAAAGGUGUAAAGUGAAAAAUUAUGUCUUGUCUCCUUCCUGUGACUUCUUUCCCACGCCCCAGGGGAAUAUAGUUUCUUGUAUUCUUGUACAGUCUUUCAGAAAUGUUAUCAUUUAUUUUAUAUGCCUCUGUAUACAUAUAUACUCCUCUUGCUGUCGUCCCUUAUUUUAAAUGUACAAUUUUGUAACUUGGUUCUUUUUAUUUAACUUGGUUAUCUUUACAUAUUAGCACAUCCAACUCUAACUCAUUAUUUUAAUGGCUGCAGGAUUUCAUUAUAUGGAUGUUCCUUUUGAAGAGUAUUUGUAUAGAUUUUUCUACUAAAAACAAUUAAAUUGAGAACAUCCUUGUGCAUAUAUGAAGAAUUAAGUCUUGACUCUGCCUGACUGGAAACUCAAUAAAACAGACCUCAUCCAAUUUUGAGGCUCACCAGCUG